ACAGACAGGCACGCUCUGCAAUGAUGGUCCCGUUUGUGCCAUUUCAGUUGUCUUUUAGAAGAACAGUUGUUUGACUGCAAUGUCACGUAUAAUCUACCACCACAUCUGAUGUUACAUCAUCUAAAAUGAAAGCCACCCUAUAAUCCUAAACAGAAACGUGCUUUGAUCUCACACAUGGUUCUACUGUUGCCUGUUUUUCUAAAUAUAGUCCCGCUUAUGGGCAUUUCGAGAUGUAUCCUCAACAUGAGGUAGCUGCGUAUUUUAGUCACAACCAAACCAGACCCAAAUACCGAUCUCGCCGGUAUGUAUUUGUUUUCUGACUGCCUACAACUGUCUAUUAGGCAAUGGAAUACUUGCCAGGCGGCGACCUCCUGUCCCUGCUCAACCGAUACGAGGAGCAGUUUGACGAGUCCAUGGCUCAGUUCUAUCUGGCUGAGCUGGUGGAGGCCAUUCACACUGUCCACCAGCUGGGCUAUGUCCACAGAGAUGUCAAGCCCGAAAAUGUCGUCAUCGAUCGGACUGGUCACAUUAAACUGGCAGAUUUUGGAUCAGCUGCCAAGCUCACAGCUAAUAAAAUG